AUGGGCAAACGAAAGAAAAAUCGAACACAUCUCAAGGGCGCUGCCGCGCCGACAGCCCCGGAUGGAGUUCCCAAGUCUUUUAUCAUUAAGCACGGUCAAGUUGGUCAUUCUCUUGCCCAACUAGUUCGCGACCUGAGAAAAGUCAUGGAACCUAAUACGGCCAGUAGGUUGAAGGAACGCAGCCGAAACAAGCUUAAGGACUACUUGACUCUGGCUCCGGCAUUGCAAGUUACUCACUUGAUGGCAUUUACUCUGACGGAUAUCGCGCCGUCUUUGCGUAUCAUUCGUCUCUCCUCUGGGCCAACCCUUAGCUUCAGGGUCGAGCGGUACAGUUUGAUGAAGGAUGUUCUGAAUACAUCGCGACGAGCGAGGAGCAUUGGCCUGGAGUAUCUCAGCCCACCCCUCCUUGUAUUGGCUUCGUUUCCUCCUGCGUCUCCCACCACCCCUCCACAUCUAACCCUCCUCAUGAAAUCCUUCCAAUCCCUUUUCCCGCCUCUGUCUCCCCAAACCAUCGCACUCUCCUCCGCCAGACGUGUCGUGCUCAUAUCGUACAAUGCAGACCGUGGUACUGUGGAUUUUAGGCAUUACAUUAUCACAGUCAAAGCAUACGGUGUCUCCAAACGGGUCCGUAGAGUUCUGGACGGCGCACAAAAAGCCUCGACUGGGGUUUUGGAUCUAGGAAAUGAGAAGGACAUUGCGGAUUUCAUGUUGCGGAAACGCGGGGAGCCAGGUCCUGAUGGGUAUGAAAGCGCGGCUUCGUCGACGGAAAGCGUUGCAGGUGACGAUGGGGACGCUGUUGAUCUUGCCGACGAUUACGUUGGGCGGAAUAACAAGAAGGGUUCAAGGAGAGCUGUGCGUUUGGAUGAAGUUGGACCUCGGAUGGAGCUACGGCUCGUCAAAAUAGCAGAGGGUGUACCAGGGAGGGAAGGCAGCGUUAUCUACCACGAAUUCGGUGUGCUAUUUCUGGUCUUCAAAGGUUUCUUGAUCUUGAUUGACUUCUCUUCAGUGAAAAAGACCAAGAAGGAGGUUGCUCAGCUGAAGGAGGCUCAUGCCGCUAAAGAAAAACUACGGAAAGAGCGAAGAGAAGAACAAGAGCGCAAUGUUGCACGCAAAAAAGGUCAAGCGUUGGCUGAGGACGAGGACGAAUCCAUGUCCGAUGAAGGAAACGAGGAAUACGAGGAAGAAGGUGGCUGGAAUGAAGAAGAGGAGAUCAGCGAUGGUGAUGAAGAACAGCUCAGUGCUUCAGAGUCUGAGAGCGAAAGUGAAAUCGAACAGGCUCGACCACCGAAAAAAGCCAAAUUACGAAGCAAACGAUAG